AUGAUGGCCUGGAAGUGUCGCAUCAGUUGGCCGAUUGUUCCGCGAUGUUUUCUGGCGUCAUCAUCUGGCGUCGGCGAUGAGGUGAAAAAAGGAAGGAAGUUGACGAUUGAUCUGGCGCAAUAUCGACCAGCUUUUAGUAUUUUUUUUUUUUGUUUUUCAGAGAAAAUACGUAAUUUUGGAAUUGUGGCGCAUGUCGAUCACGGCAAAAGUACGUUGGCCGACCGACUGCUUGAAAUAACAGGAGUUUUAGAUAAAAAGUGCCACGCUGAGCAAGUACUUGACAAACUACAGGUGGAGCGCGAUCGUGGAAUCACUGUGAAAGCGCAAACGUGCAGUAUGUUUCACAAGGUAACAUCAUUCUUGCAAACAGUUGAUUUCUUGCUCAAUUUGAUAGAUACUCCAGGCCACGCCGAUUUCAGCUUCGAAGUUUCUCGAUCCCUUGCUGCUACUAGCGGCAUCGUUCUCCUUGUUGCCGCUAAUCAGGGUGUGCAAGCACAGACAGUGAUGAAUUUCUGGAUAGCAUUUGAAGCCGGCUUGACAGUCAUUCCAGUCAUCAACAAAAUUGAUCUGAACAGCGCCGAUGUGCCACGGGUAUUCUUCAUUCUCAUCUUUUCAUUU